UUCGAGAGCAUGGAGGAAGUCAAGUUCGAUGCUGACACGUUGCUGUUUCUUGCUUGACCCGGUCGUGCAAGUCGGUCUGGAGUAUCAUAAAAUUUAUCCUCCAAAUGAUGCAUUGGUUGCAUGUUCCAGUUUUUGUAGCAAUUUCAAGGUUUACGGAUUUCAAGUAAAUAAUUCUACUUUCGCUACUCUGGGUGGAUAUGAAAUCCCCGGCUACAGGGGAACACCCACUCUAUCACGAUUCGAAAGUUUGUCUUGUACUAUUGGUAUAUAAAAGGGACAAGCCAACACUAAGUCGCUACAAGUUUGUUUCAGGCGGAAAUGGCAAGAAUUAUGCAAUGGCUGCUUUUCGGAAUCAACUGCUUCAAUGUUGUGCUUCCAACAMGAAGCAAAACGUUUACGCAGACCUGUACCUCUAGUCCCAACACAUGUUGUAUGGCAAAUGGAACAGGGGUUUUCUACAAUCCAACUCGCUCUAUCUGUUGUGAMGGRARGCUAAACCGAAGAGACGGUCCUAACAAACUAUACUGCUGUGGAMAAGCCUUGUACUCGCCAGCUUCWAKCAUCUGUUGUAACAAUGUCUUGAGUAACAUCACGGACUAUCUCAGACCAAGAUGCUGCAGGAGUGUUGGGUAUGAUGCAGACAAGUUCUUGUGUUGUCAUGGGAUAGUCACGAAAAAGAYGUUUGACAAUCCUGGAUGUUGUGCUGGAAAAGAAUUUGACAAGACCAGACAGACUUGCUGUCAGGGGAAAGUCCAGUCGUCCACUGAAGGAAGAACAUCUUGUUGUGGCUCCCAGUCGUUCAACCCGAAUAAGGACACCUGCUGCAAGAGGGCUGUAUACGUGAACACCAUCACCAAGACUUGUUGUGGCAAUAAGCCAUUUGAUCCUUCGGUAGCAACUUGCUGCAACAACCAGCUGACUAGCAAACCAGGUYUAUCUUGCUGUGGUAAAAAGGCCUACAACAAAACCACACACGUAUGCUGUGGUAACACAGUAAAGAAAUUCACAAACAAGAAUGAUACUCAGUGCUGCUGCAAUAAAGAGGGGUGUACUUUCUAUGAUCAAAACAAGAAAAUUUGCUGUGAUGGGAAUAUUAUAUCGAGACUUGGCCAUCUUGCUUGCUGUGGAAGAGACAUAUAUAAUGUCAAAUUGCAGGUUUGUUGUGGAUCUAUUCCAAUCAGUACCAGCACAAACUGGCGUUGUUGUGGCGGGAAACCCUACAACGAAGAUCUUCAAAUAUGUUGCUUGUGGAUUUGCUGUGAUAAACGACUCGCACCACUUUCCCCUGGACUCGAGUUACCUCAGUGUUGUAGAUCAAGGCCAUUCAAUGCCCUCCAGCAAAAGUGUGACGUAGUUACUGGUGACAUUUCCAAGCGUUCUGCAUCUCAUGUGAAGUACUGUGGUUCCAAAAUGGCCGAGUAUGAUUCCAGGAAAUUGGCAUGUUGUCRAGGGAAAGUGAAGGCAAUGCCUGGAAAUGCUGUAGGAAACAUCAAAUGUUGUSGAGAGAAACCUCAUACCGAUUCGUUGUUAUGCUGUAAUGGAAACCUCGUCAGUAAACAAGAAGCGACGGCUUGYUGCGGUAGAAGUGGAUAUAACUCAUCUACGCAUGCGUGCUGCCAGGGGAAAGUUCAYUCAGCAGGGUACACGUGUUGUAAGGGCGUGRUCCACCCUACGCCUGGGACCGAAGUGGGUCAAGGGAAAUGCUGUGCAGGGAUUGGGUAUAACGACAAGAAUCAAAUAUGCUGUAAGAACAUAAUUUUUCCAAAGAAAAGCAAAAAGAUAAAAUGCUGUGGGCAUCGUCCUUUUGAUCCGUCACGCAAUCACUCCUGUUGUCACGAAAGCUUGUCAGUGAGCAGUCACGRUGGAAAAAGUUGCUGUGGAAGGAUAUCAUUCAAUCCUUAUAAAAACACCUGUUGCAGAGGAAGAAUUUACAGACAACAAAUAGGCUCUUGUUGUGGGAAAAAUAUCUAUAAUUCCAGUAAAGAGAUUUGCUGUGGACGAAACGUUUAUCCAAAAGAAAAGUACGGCAACAAAUGCUGUAAGAUAUUGGCAUACAACGAUACAAGACAAACUUGUCGGGAUGGAAAAGUGAUGUCCAAGAUCCUUUGCGGUCAUCGGUAUUACGAUGACGUCACACAGGUUUGCUGUGGAGGUACACUAMAUGUGAAGGCUGUGCAUCAUAAGUGCUGUAAUGUAAGCUACUAUGACAUGCGAAAUUCAAUAUGCUGUGCAAACAAUGUCUAUCAUAAAUCUAACAUUUGCUGUAGUGGACGAGCAUACAGCGUGAAAUUUGGUUGCUGUGRUGGAGAGGUAUACAAAAUCMAGUCUUCCAUCAAGUGUUGUCAUGGUAGAAUAUAUGACAGGAGGUUGUUUCGUUGCAAAAAGAAGCAGAUUAUGUUGAAGAAUCGAUUGACGGAAAAGCUAUGCAACGAGCAAAAUAAUAUUGCAUUCGCAGGGAUUGCUUCAUCUUCAAAGACGAUUUUUAUCACACAAGUCUUCAAAGGCAGUACGCUUCAAACAAAUGACACCAUCCCAAUCCCUGUCAAACAUCUACGUCAUCGUCGAGUUUCACUGGAGCAAGGAAAAGCUUACUUUGUAUUAGCAAGAAUGCCUACCAAUUCACAAACUGUUAGACACGUAAAAAUCUACCAACAUUGGAAUCAACAGUUCCAAUCUAAACUUGAAGCGAUACUGAAGACGUGUGACAGCACCGUUUAUCGAUCUAGGAGCGCAGGCUGAAGCUAGAAAUCACUUUAUGAACGAUACCAGACAAAGCUCAGUAAAACUUACAGGAACAACUUAAAAACCAAAGAAAGACAUYCCGUAUAACCUACACAUACUGGAGAUCUUGUCAAGGCUAGCAUGCAUGCCAAUCACUGUAAAUAAAAGAGGAAAAAACUACAUAGAAUUUCUAUCGUAACAUUUUCCUACUAUCCCACUACCAUUUUGUCGU